UUAUCUGUAAGAAUCUUGGCAUUGUCCAAGAUCAUUUUUAUUUUGUUUUGUCACUUGUGACAUUUUCUUGUUGUUAUAAUUUUAAAGAUGAUCGCCAGAACUUUGUGGAGGCUGACACACUGUGAAUUACUGACAGUUAGGCCGCAUGGCCAACAACGACGAUUGCUGUUCUGGAGAAAGGGAAUGAAAACCAAUGGAUUCGGCUCAGCAUUUGGUAAUUUCUCUCUGGUCGAGCCAGGGACAGUGUUGCCUGCGCAGCCAGUCCCUGACAGCAUUCAGAGGCCACCAUGGGCAGAGUCUGGUGUGCCCAGUGAUCCUCCAGCUGAGGCUGACUGCAAGUCAAAGGAUGAUCUAGGGAAGAUGAGGAGGGCAUGCAGACUGGCCAGCAAGAUUUUACAUGCUGCCAAACAGCUGGCAAAGCCGGGUGUGACCACUGAGGAGAUUGAUCGGCUGGUGCACCGGCUGACCGUGCAGCACGGCGCCUACCCGUCACCACUCAACUACCGUGGCUUCCCAAAGUCGGUCUGCACGUCAGUCAACAACGUGGCCUGCCACGGCAUCCCCGACGAUCGGCCGCUCGAGGACGGCGACAUCAUCAACAUCGACGUCACCGUGUUUCUGGACGGUCACAACGGCGACUGUUCGGAGACGUACCCGGUGGGGCAGGUGGACCAGCAGGGUCUGCGGCUGAUCGAGGCGGCGCGCCGCUGUCGGGACGACGCCAUCGCCAUCUGCCGGCCCGGUGUGCCGUUCUCAGAGAUCGGCAGCCGGGUGGAGCUCUCAGCUGGACACUUAGACCACGCCGUGGUGCCGGCGUUCAUAGGCCACGGCAUCGGCCGCUACUUCCACGGCCCGCCCGAGAUUUACCACUGCUGGAACUCGUACCCGGGGACCAUGCGGCCGGGCAUGACCUUCACCAUAGAGCCGGUCAUCAGUCAGGGUUCGCGGGAGAUUGUGCUGCUGGAGGACGGCUGGACGGCCAUCUCAGGCGACGGGAGCCGGUCGGCGCAGUUCGAGCACACCGUCCUCAUCACGGAGGACGGCGUGGAAAUCCUCACCGAGCACCGGCCUGAGGACGACCUGGCUGUGGAAGGCAGCUGAGGACUCCAGUAUCCUCACUGUGGGUCUGCAGGGCGCCUGAACUCCGCCGCGGGGCCGGUGGACGCCCAGGAGUCUUCUCAGGCCCCAGGAGAAAGAAAGGCUAAUAUUUUGUUAGCGACAGAUCAAGGGGCUAGUCAGAAUGUCGAUAGGUUAUAAAAUGAAAUUGAAGCGAGCACAUCUCUCUGGGAGCAGGGCACACCAUCUAUUAAAUUGUGGCUCUACUCAAAGUCCAUGCCAGAUAGAAUUCUCACGCCUUGAGCCCAAGAUGGUAACCGAUGUCCGACUUUAUUACCCCGCGAUAUCGUCUCGCUCGCUCGCCCGAUCUGUGCCAAUACGGCGUUGAGCUAUGAGUUGCCUAAAUAUGUGACGCACUUUUUGAGUGUUUUUGUAACGCCCAAAGCAUUAUUCGCUGCAGAUAGGGCGGCAUGCAUAACGGCAGCAGGCGAUAGCGAUUGGUACUUUUUGCGAUAUUGUGACAUGGGACAAUAUAUGGCAUUGCUCAACGGACAGA